AUGGCCAGUAGCGUAAUAAGAAUAUCCAUAUCACCACCUACAUAUCCAUCUUUUGCAACAUCAUUAUCUCCAGCUGCUUCGAUAACUCCCUUAUCUCUUCUCUCCCUUGUCAGUUCUAUUCUUCUUCUCUUUCGCUCAGCUCACAUACGUUCCGGCUUCGGACACUGUAGACCUUUGCAGGUGCACGCGCUCACGCAUACGGGAGAGAAGCCGUACCAGUGCACCGAGUGCGGCAAAGCGUUCACCCAGCAGCGCAACUACAAGUACCACAUGUCGGUGCACGCGGGAACGCACGAGUUCGCGGCAGCGUGCCCCGAGUGCGGCAAGGUGUUCAACAACGGCGGCUACCUCAGCUCACACAUGAAGAUCCACCGCAACCGCAGGGAGUACGCCUGCACCGAGUGCGGGCGGCGCUUCAACCAACGCGUCGCCUGCACCACGCACAAACGCAUACACACGGGAGAGCGGCCACAUGCCUGCUACCUCUGCGACAAAGCCUUCACGCGCAAGACGCUGCUUAACCAGCACAUGCGCACGCACACCGGUGAGAAGCCCUUCAGCUGUGAGGUGUGCGGGAAGCGGUUCGCGGACCGCAGCAACAUGGUUCUCCAUCAGCGCCUGCACUCGGGCAUCAGGCCGUACAGCUGCGGCGAGUGCGCCAAGGCGUUCACCAAGAAGCACCACCUCAAGGCGCACAUGUCCUGCCACACGGGGCUGCGGCCCUACACCUGCGACCACUGCGGCGCGCGCUUCAGCCAGUCCAGCAACAUGCGCACGCACCGCAAGAAGUGCACAGCGCCGGGUCCGCCCCGCGGGGGAUCAACAUAUAGAAUCAAGGACACUGUUAGAGAGAUAAAAUCUCUUACAAUAAACGAGACAAGAGACGACCAGUUAUCAAAUCUGCGCUAUGCGUCCCGCCGCGCACUCUCCGUGCCGCCCACACGGUUCAGCUCCCGGCCCUCAGUAGCAGGCACAGGCAGCGGCCGCAACGACUCGGCGGGCACGCGCCUCUGCUGCCCACACAAGAGCUCCUGCGUCGCCUCGUCACCUGGACGACAGGUGCAACUGGCCGAUUGA